UCCCACUUUAAACUCCAUGACUCUGCCAAUAGCCCUGCGUCACAAUCUGCUGCCAGAUCCACUCGUCCGCAGACAUCCUCGGCCGAUGCAACAUGCUGGGGAUCCUUUACGCCGAUACUUAAGGAGGGGAGGAGGUGUCCGUCGGUCCUCCCAGUAACGCUCUUACUUCUUCCUACCUACAUAACUAUCUACCUACAAUACAACCUACAUUGCUACUACUACCACCACCACCACCACUAUCAUUACUAUUUCUCCAUCUACCUCUCCUCCAAAAUGGCAACCACAAUGACAACCACAACCACCACCACUACAACAACACAAGAACCCACUCCCACUCACCCCCACCUAAUCCAAGUCAACCGCAGCCCAAUUCCCUUCGCCAGCGGGGCAUACAGUCUGGUCUCCGCACCCGCCGGCUCCCUGCUAUGCAAAAUCACCGGAACUACGCCGUCCAAGAAAGCCUACACAUCUGUGCAAACGGGACGGGACAGCCACAUUGAGCUGAACUCCGACCUGGUGUACUGCAACCACUCGUGCGAUCCGACAGUCAACUUCGACAUGCACAACAUGGAGGUACGGGUGGUUGACAACCGCGACUUGAAGGCGGGGGAACCGUUGACAUUCUUCUACCCGUCAACGGAGUGGGAGAUGGAUCAGCCGUUUGAGUGUACGUGUGGCAGUGGGGAGAAAUGUAAGGGACGGAUUGAUGGUGCGAAGAACUUGAGUACAGAGGUGUUGGGGGAGUACUGGUUGAAUCCGCAUAUUGCUGAGAUGGUGGCUGAGAGGGAGGCGGGGAGAAACUAGGGAAUGAGUUGGUGAGGGGCAUGCAGAGUGGGGGGUGGGGUGGUGUGAUGGUAGACUAGAGGCUUGAUAGACUUAGACUUUGGUGUAUAUAUGAUGAGUGGGUGGAUAUGUUGUGCUGUUGGCUUAGAUGUAUAGAAUUGUUGGUGUGUUUAGAUCUGAGCGUUUUGUAUGAGUGGUGGGAAUAGAUGGUGGAAAUCAGAUCUUGUGAUUGUUGUUCUGAUGGUGGUGUUGCUAUAGUGGGGGGUAUUACAAGGCUGGAUGUUUCACAUGCCGAGGUAGAGAGAUAAGAGGAAUCAAUACCAUUGUGAUUUGUGUUCAGGGGCACCCUAGCUUAUUGUCAAGGUAGGAACCUGAGCAGGUGUGUUUGG